UUCGCUUGAAUUAAGUAAGCAUUAUAGGCGUACUCUUGUGGCAGCCAGUUCGGUUAUGGUGAACCCGCCAUAUCGGUGGUUCUGUACUAAAGUGUGACUAACUAGAUGAAAAAUGCCGAGAAAACUUUUGAAAUUCCUCAUUUUGUUUGAUAACACGUCCUUACUGUACUUCCCCGGGCAGUUUUUAUCGGGUAGGGUCCUUAUCGAACUACAAGAUGACACACCUGCCUUAGGUCUACAUUUUCAUGUAGUAGGAGAAGGUGUAGUCAGAGUGCGAACUCCACGACAAGAAAGGGUGUACGAUAAGGAAAACUACAUCGACUUCAGGAUGAGAUUACUGGGGGAACCUGGUCAGGGUCCAUCAGUUCUUUCACCUGGAAUUCACAGCUUCCCAUUCAAACUAGGGCUACCCUUAGGACUACCGUCAACCUUUUUGGGGAAGCAUGGAUGGGUUCAGUACUACUGCAAAACGGCCCUCAGGGAACCCAAUGGACUUACCCACAAAAACCAACAAGUGUUCAUAGUGAUGAAUCCAAUAGAUUUAAAUUUAGAACCUGCCAUUUUAGGGACAAUUUCGGGACAGGAAACGUUCAGAUGUGAAGUAGAACAUAAAUUCGGUGUUAGCUGUGUGGGCUCCGGAGCUGUGAUCUGUAAAGUUACCUUGGACAGAGGGGGAUACGUUCCAGGUGAAAGUAUAGGUGUGUCGGCCAGUGUAUCGAACCGAAGUAGGCUGACAAUAAAAAGUACAAAAGCUGCCCUAACUGAAACGAUAACGUACAUGGCUAGAGGAAAAGCGGUUCAAACCGAGAAACGAGAGUUAGCGGUUCUAACCAGAGGGAAAAUUCGACCAGGAGAAAAAGAUGAGUGGGAUAACGAGCAACUCUAUAUCCUGCCUCUGCCUCCUACUAAUUUAAGAGGGUGCCAUUUAAUUAGGAUUAAUUAUGAUGUAUUCUUUAUAGUAGAACCAAGUGGCUUACAAAAAGAAGUGAAGCUGCAACUGCCAAUAAUAAUGGCGACGUAUCCCUUAAGAUCUGCAGACGACGAAAAUGGAAAUAAGUCCGGAACGCAUUACCCAUCUACUUUACCAAUAUUCAGGCCUUGGCUGGAAGACAAAUCACAAGAUUAACAUUCGCAUAUUAUUAACAGUCCUACAUUGGACAAUAAUUAACAAAGAAGGAAGAUGAACGUCAGGCUGGAUGUGGUUUCUUAAGCGAAAGCAACCUUCCUGCGCCUACUCUAUUAAACUUUGGCAAAUGUAUAUUUUUUCAGAAUGCCACCAUAACAAAAGCUUUAAACCUGCAGAAAAAGCAUACGAACGAAAGAUGAUGCGUCCCUGGUAAUCAUCUAAGGAACAGUUUAACACUUAAUUUUAAUGGUCAUCCAAUUCGUAGAAAAACAUGUCAGUUAAGUGGCUUGCAUUGACUAAAUAAAAUUAGUGAAUACAGUGUUAAACUAAUUAGCGCUAUGCCGGUAAACAUGUAUUUUCUUCCCGGUUGGUGCCAAUAAGAGGUAUGUAAUUUUGUAUGUGACCGACUUCAGUGAAAAAUGUGAUUGAAAUAAAUAGAUUACAAACAGG